UUUUUUAUGAUAAAGUUAUGUUAUUUUUAUUUACUGUCAUUCACAAUGUCGUAUAAUAUACGAUUAAUUAAGGAUCAUAGAGGAGUUUCUGAUCUAGCUGAGUAAAUUUAUAAUGGUGCAGUCUCACAAUGCGAAUUCUUUUCAGUCUCAAAUUAUUUGGACCAGAGCCAAACCUUCUGAAUCAUUGGAAGUGGACGUAUAGUUACCUGUAGGAUACCUGUAUAGGAUGAUUAUUGGCUCUGAUGGUGAUGUAGAGUUGACAAGAUAAACUUUGCCGUUAUAUAAAGGCUCAUUAUUAAUUUGAAGAAGACCAGUUUGCUUCACAACUGCAAGAAUAGCCUCAUUCAGAUUGAAAACAGUCUUUGAUAUAAUAUUUGCUUUUCAGCAGUGUUACCUUGAAUUAUACUGACUACUGGUCGGGGACCAUCAAAACCGGACAACCAUCAAACCGUGACGGUCGCAAAAAUAACUGAUUUAGAUUUUUUUUCUUUGUUCAGUGGUUGUCAGUCAGCCAUGCACCUUUUUAUCACAAUAAAUACAUGUUUCUUCUAUAAGUACUUAAAUUUAUUUCAACUUACAUAAAUGGUAAUUUCAAGAAAGUUGACUUGGAAAAUUUGGACGUCAAUAGUGCAAUAUCUGACCUCUUGUACUAACUAUAGUCAUUUGCAGUGCAAACAAUAAAUAUAAAAAAAAAUCAGCAUUUGUUGCUAAAAUAUUGUAUCAUGUUAAGAAUAUAAAAUAAAAACACCUUACUACUUAUCUUGAUUAAAGUUACAAUAUCUGUCCGGACACAUAAUCGGACAUGGUACUGUAGUGUGGACAAUUAAGGUAAUUUUUAUAUAAAUAAACUGGCUUGUUAGUUAGGAGAAGAACCUUAAGCUGUAAUGUGUCAAAUUCUUUGGAUCUCUAGCUUUAAAAUAAAGGAAUUUGCAUGGAAAAAUGUUUAAAAAGUGUCCGGUUGAUGGUUUCCAACCAGUAGAGUUACAGAACCUGUGCUCGACCAAUACUUCUAUUUGCGUUAAAGUGGAAAAACCCUAUGAGUUUGUGUGUGCUAUUUGUGCCUGACCAGUAACCUCUACACCAUGUACAAGUACUCCAAGUUUGGUGGAAGAUUGGCCUUUUGCAGACAAUAUUAAACAAUAUCUAGAAGAGACCUUGCACCAGUGGAUUAACAUUAGAUUGAUAGUCCAUUUAUUUGGAUUUUACAUCCUGGUUCCCUUUACAACAGCAGUCCAUUAAUUUGGAUUUUACUUACUGGUUCCCUUUACAUGCUGUUGCAAGGAACAUGGCAGAACCAGAACUUAAGCGGUUUGGAAAUAGUUCACAGCCUAGCACGUCAGACCUUGUGAAAACUGUAUACAAAAAAUUUUCUGGAAAAACAACAAAAGAAGAGGGAAACACAUUGAAAGAUGAGGUCUUACCGGAGAUAGAGAAAGCAGACGAUAUUAACAAGUCGGAAGAAUUCUCUGAAUCGGACAAUGAGCUAUGUGGCGACAUUCUUCAAAUCAGAGAGGAGUUUGAUUUGAUUGAGACAAUUAAUGAUGACACAGUAACAUUCAAAGAGACUGAAGAUAAACUUCCAAGGUUAAAGAAACAAGAAGACAUUGAACUCACCUCAAAGACUCUUGAAGAAUUCAUUGGCAAGUCAGAUGUUGGUGUUAAAUGGAAAGAAAACUUACAAUCGCAUAAUGGUUCAAACCAGAAACCUUAUAUUCCUACUGAUGAUAUUGCCUUUCCCGACAAAAAAGCUGAAAACAAAGACAACUGUUUAACAGAAGUGCAUGGUCAAAUCAAUGAUGUAGAAAGAAUGGAACUUGAUUACAGUUUAAAUGCUGUUGGUGAAAGCAAGACUUCUUUAGAACCUGUCAUUGUUUCAGUUGCUAAAAGCAACCCUAUGUCAAAGCAAAAUAAAGUUUGCUUAAGUAAUGAUUUGUUUGGUAAUGCCAAUGAUUUGUUUGGUAUAGGUAAUGUUUUUGUUGGUAAAGGUAAUAUUUCGGUUGGUAUAGGCAAUGCUCUUGUUGAUAAUUCCAAUGCAUUGUUUGAUAAUGGUAUUGUUUCUGUUGGUAAUGCUUCUGGAAAUGGCAAUGCCACGGUUGGUAUACAACCAGAUGAUCAGUCAAAUACUCUGCCAAGUCUAAAUCCUUACAAGUCGAUGCCCCAGAAGCCACCAGAUCCUGCACAAUAUACAAUAAGCCCUGAACUGAGGGAAGCUUUGCAGGCAAAUUUGCGUAUAAAAUCUGAGCAAACAAGAAGGGCCUUACAGGAGAGAUUUCACCCAUACAAACAGCAAAAGGACAAAUCUAAAAAAUUUCAAACAUCCCUUCCCAUACUUCCGGAGUUUGAAUAGUAUUUCGGUGGCCGGUUUUUGAGUUUAUUUGAUAGUGUAACAUCCUAUGCACCAAUGAAUGAAUCUUUGUCAAACUUGGCAUUAAGCAUGUUUAUAUUGUUGUGUGUUAAAUUUGUAGGGUUUCUUUUUUAAAUGGGUGAUAAAAAUGAAAAACAAAAAAAGAAACCUUUGGGUCAAUAUCUCCCCUUGAAUUUGUGGAAUGAUUUUCACUAAACUUGAUAUACAUAUAAUUGUGGAAUGGUUAUUUCCAAAGUUUAUAAACAGACCUUAAUAAUUUAUAAAAUGAUUUAAUAUCAGAUUAAAGAUUAAUUUACUCUAAAGACAAUACAAUUUAAUACAAGAUAACUACAGUAAAAGAAUAUCUAAAACUACAGUAAAAGAAUCUAGAUAUUAUAUAGACUGGCACCAAAUUUAUUGAACAGGUUAAAUAAAAUUAUAUAAUGUAAGCAUAAUGAUAUUUUAUUCAUGGAGUUAAUUAAAUUUAGCAAUAAAGCUACAUAAAUAUGAUAUUAUAUUCAUCACAUAUCCAAAAUAAGUGCUGUGUACUGUAAAAAUGAAUCACUUUUUUAUUGAGAUGCCUAACACAUAGCACGUCUUUAAACUCUGUUUGUAUAAUGCAAAUGAUGUAAUGUAAAUAUAUGCACAGUUUUUACAUAGUCACAAAAGUGGCACAGAUAUGUGAUAAAUCUAAUUUUGGAAGAACUUUGUAAGAUGUUAUUAGAAACUACUUAAAAGAUAUACUAUGCUCAAAUAUGAUAUCAGAAAAUAUGAAUAUUUGCUAUACAGUCUCUUUGUAAAUAUGAAAUAAACAUGUUUUGACUUCACACAAAGUUGAUAUGUCAUGUUGUCAACUCUAAGCACUAUAGGUCAUCACAGUAUGGAUAUAUAGUGCCGUUAAAAAACUGGCAGUUUUUUAAGAAAAGACCAACUUUACUUGUCCUAUAAUACAGAACGUGACAUCAAAUGCAUAGUUUAUAUAUUUAUUUAUUUAUUUUUUAGCUCGACUAUUCGAUAAGAAUAAGUAGAGCUAUUGUAGUCACCCGAGCGUCGGCGUCUGCGUCGGCGUAACCACUUAUGUUAAAGUUUUUGUAAUAGUUCAAAUAUUUUCAAAGUCCAUUGACAUAUGGCUUUGAAACUUUGCACACUUGUUCACCAUCAUUACCCCAACCUGUAGACAGGAGGAGGUAACUGUAUCAAGCAUUUUGACAGAAUUAUGCCCCUUUUUCGACUUAGAAUUUACGUUAAAGUUUUUGUAAUAGUUCAAAUAUUUUCAAAGUCCAUUGACAUAUGGCUUUGAAACUUUGCACACUUGUUCACCAUCAUUACCCCAACCUGUAGACAGGAGGAGGUAACUGUAUCAAGCAUUUUGACAGAAUUAUGCCCCUUUUUCGACUUAGAAUUUACGUUAAAGUUUUUGUAAUAGUUCAAAUAUUUUCAAAGUCCAUUGACAUAUGGCUUUGAAACUUUGCACACUUGUUCACCAUCAUUACCCCAACCUGUAAACAGGAGGAGGUAAUUGUAUCAAGCAUUUUUUUUUUACUAUCAAGCACUAAGAAUAGUCGAGCGUUGCUGUCCUACCGACAGCUCUUGUUUAUUCAAAUUAGACAUAUUCAGUAAGAAUUUCAUAGGUUUUAAUAAAUUUCUUCGAUUAAACUAUUUUACUCAAAAAUGAGCAUAGUAUAUCUUUAAACCCUUUUCAUGCUGCAGGAGCCUAAAGUGACUAGUAUAGAGCCAGGCUGGCCUACAUACCUGUGUAGUCUGAACAGCUCCUAUAAUGUUGGUAGCUCAAUUUUUGUAUAUUGAAAAUAAAAUCCCUAAAACUCUAGCUAGCAUCUUCAAUAGUUAGUUAAACUAAAGUUAAAAAAAUCUAUGUACUCAUUAGUUGAUAUGAUAGCAAAUUGAUAGUAUAUUUUUGAAUUACUACUUAUAUAGUACAGUUUGAGUAUAUUAUAUCCAGUUUUUGUGGAAAUGAAAUACUCUAAGAUCCCAAGAGAAUAUUUAUUUUCUGUAUAUUGUAUAUAUUAUAAAAUUAUGGAUGAUAUAAAUGUAUUAUGUCCUUAUGUUUUUCAUAACAUUACAAUAAAUUGUAGGGUGAAAUAGUGGAUGGAUCCCCGACCCUAUUUUACCUAUUAUGGGGACAAUAAACGGAGUUACCUAUUGGACUUCAAAAAAAUAAUAAAAUAAAAUAGAUAAAAUCCCUAAACCUUUGAAUAGACAGUUCCAAAAAUGGAAGCUGGACAAGUCCAUUUUAGUAAUUUAGUAGGUUCAGGGUUAAAUACAUAAUUGAUUGUAAAUUGUUUUUUUUUAAUAGAGAAAAUAAAAGCUGUUGUAUGAUAAGCUGUAAUGUAUUUGUAUAUUCCUGUUUAGUUUGUAUAAUUCUGUAAUCAAUGACUUAUCACAAGACUUUUAUGAUUAUUUCGAUGUUAUAUAACCAUUAUGUAUAGAAAUGUAUCUUUAUAUACCCAUGUUUAAAGGAGCUCCACUUUGGUAAGAAAAAAUAGCCUAAAACAUCAAUUUUGAAAUUCUUACUUAGAUGAAGUGAAGCACUUCAUUGGAAAAACCUGCAAAAGGUUAUUAAUAAAGAAAUCAAAAGAGAUUGAUUGUUGAUUUUUUCUGCAAUUCUUUGCCCAUUUUGAGCCAAAAGCCUUCAAAAGGUUUUUCAUUUUUGGGUCAUUUUGCACUAUAAGAAUGUUUGUUCUGGAAGAACUGGUGAGAGAAUGUGGAGUCCCUUUAAUACAACAGCACUUUUUGUGAGAAUGUUAAUUUUUAUAAAAAGUUGUAAACAGAUUGUUACAUGUAAUAAAAAGAAUCUGACAUUUAUUUUCCUUGGAUAUAAUCAGAGAUUGUCAAUUGUCAAAAUAAAAUUUUUCCUGAGCUUGUUUCAAAAAAGAAAAGUUAUAGUAUUAAUCAUAGUUUAAGUCAGAUCCUUUAAUGUAUGAAAACAUUCUGUCCAUUCAGAAGUGAUAUUUAUUUACAUACCUGUAUAUUGUAUUCAGAAGUCCAUUGGUUCACAUUGCUAUUUCGAUUUCGAGCAAGGUGGAUUGAUGUUUGCAGUGUAUAAAGCAUGUUUUUAUCUAGGAAAUGAUAUCUUGUCCUCUUUCUUACGUCAUAGAAUUUGCUAUUUGUUGGCCUGCACUUUUAGCUCAACAGUGAGAGCAUAAAACUACUAAUCUAAGAGUCGCAAGUUUGAUCCUUUGGGUUGGUGUACUACGAUUUCACUUAUAUUCGUGGGCAUGAAAUUUCGUGGUUUUAAUCAAAACAGGCAUUUUCGUGGGUUCUUAAUUUCGUGGAUUUUCAAUGUUUUGUAAAAAAAUAUAAUAAUACAUAUUUUUACAUAUCACACAGCGCUUGUCAAUAAAUUUUAUCCUCGCCUCUGGGCAUUCAUUACACAAAAAUCGGCGGAAAAGCGCCGAUGCAGGUUUGUAAUAUAUAGAAUAGAGACAUGGCAAGAAUUAUUUAUUGGUAUAAAAUUUUGUCUGAUCUUAAAAUUUGUGGAUUGACCUACCCACGAAAAUUUGUGCCCCACGAAUAAUAAUAAUUUUACAGUAAUUUAUACUUUGUGACAAUUGAUCUUGGACAUUGUGUUUAAUAAUGGUUGUUUUGUCUCUCACGGCUGAGAUAUUCAGAAAUCAUGUUGGUCACUUGUGGUGAGGUUAGUUCAUCAUCCAGGAAAGCCAAUUUGGUGGAUCUUAAGGAGAUGUAACCAAAAUCAUGUGUUAAAAUUGGCAUAAAAAAUAAAAGAGAAAAGAAAACAAGAAUAAUAACUGCUGUUUGGCCUUAUAUUUGCAUGUACAUUUUAUUUAUAUUGAAUAAGAUAAAUUUUGUCAUGGACUGUAAAUUAUUUAAUAAGAUUUUUGAUGAAUUAAAUAAGUUGAAGCAGGACUAUAACCAGCUCUACUGGCUAAUUUUCAUUACUACAUGUAACAUGUAUAGAACGUUUUUGCCUUAGGGGCACCUGAGGUCUCUCUUCACCAUUAAAGCUGGAAAGUCCCCAUAUGACCAAUUUUGUGUUGGUGCAACCUCAAAUCAAACCAGAGAGAAAAAAAAAAUGCUUUUAUUAUAAGUGUGGACUUGUAUCUAUGUACAUGUAAUGUUUAUUAAUUGUGUAUGAAUGAUUUAGUGUUGUAUUUGUGUCACAUGUGCUGGGAUAACUCUUCUUUAUGAAGGUGAUUAAGGUAUUUAGAAGAAAAAGUUUCAUGUGUGGAAUUGUUAAUUACUUUGAUGAAGAUAUUGGCAUGAAGCAACUUGGAAAAAUGUUUGUAACAUAAUUUUGUACAGUAUCUAGAUACCCAUACCAGUGCAACUUAGAAUAUUUUCUGUAGCAAAAUUUUGUUAAAUACCUUGAUUACCAUGCUGGUGAUUGUACCAUUUAAAUAAUUUUCUAUAAUAUUAUUGAGCCGUGUCAUGACAAAACCAACAUAAUGCAUUUAUGACCAGCAUGGAUCCAGACCAGCCUGCAGACCUGCGCAGUCUGAUCAGGAUCCAUGCUGUUCGCUAUCAGUUUCUCUUCUUGUAAUAGAGUUGGUAUGCAAACAGCAUGGAUCCUGAUCAGACUGCGCGGAUGUUGGUUUUGUCGUGACACGGCUCAAUUUUGUUAAAUAUUUGGAACACCAUAUUUGUGAUGUUAAAGGAACUCCACUAAGGUCCUAAAACAUAAAAUUUCAAAUUUCUAACAUAGAUAAGCUGGGGCACUAUUUCUAACAUAGAUAAGCUGGGGCACUUAAAACAGAAAGAUAUGCAAAAGAUAGAAAUGCAAUAUAUUCAGAAAUGAAUUGAAACUCGAAUUGUUUUGCUAUUCAAAGCCAAAUUUUAGUGAAAAGCAUUGCAAUGCUUUUUAAUUUUUGGUCAGUUUUCACAAUUGGAAUUAUUAUUCUAUAAAUGGGGAGUGAGCAAAUGAUCUUAAAUUUAGCACCCCAGUUUACUGGUCUAGAUCUACAUGCAAUGGAACAUUAAUCACGAAAAAUUAUUUCCAAUACUGUCAUAUUUAAACACCUUAGUGGAGUUCCUUUUAAACUUAGAAUAUUUUCUGUAGCAUAGUUUUGUUAAAAUACCAUAACACCAUGUUAGUGAUGAAUAUCUUGAAAAUAAAAUCAUUUUGUGAAACAGUGAUUCUAUCAAGUGUUACUGUUAGUGAAAAUAUUUUUUAUUCAUAAUUAAUUUUUAGCUCACCUGACAGGGUGAGCUUUUGUGAUCGCUUUUCGUCCGUCGUCCGUCCGUCGUCCAUCCGUCCGUAAACUUUUACUUUAAAUGACAUCUCCUCAUAAACCACUAAGCCAAUUUCAUCCAAACUUCACAGGAAUGUUCCUUUGGUGGUCACCUUUAAAAAUUGUUCAAAGAAUUUAAUUCCAUGCAGAACUCUGGUUGCCAUGGCAACCGAAAGAAAAAACUUUAAAUAUCUUCUUUUAAAAAACCAUAAGAGCUAGAGCUGAGAUAUUUGGCAUGAAACAUCUUCUAGUGAGUGUCUACCAAGUUUGUUCAAAUAAAAGCCCUGGGGUCAAAAUUGGUCCCGCCCCGGGGGUCAUUGAUUUUCCCUAUAUGCAUAUAGUAAAAACUUAAAAAAUCUUCUUUUAAAGAACUCAAAGAGCUAUGGCUAAGAUAUUGAGCAUCAAACAUGUUCUAAUAGGUGUCUACGAAGUUUGUUCAAAUAAAAGCCCUGGGGUCAAAAUAGGCCCCGCCCCAGGGGGUCAUUGAUUCUCCCUAUAUGCAUAUAGUAAAAACUUAAAAAAUCUUCUUUUAAGGAACCAAAAGAGUUAGAGCUAAGAUAUUUAGCAUGAAACAUGUUCUAAUAAGUGUCUACCAAGUUUGUUCAAAUAAAAGCCCUGGGGUCAAAAUUGGCCCCGCCCCGGGGGGUCAUUGAUUUUCCCUAUAUGCAUAUAGUAAAAACUUAAAAAAUCUUCUUUUAAAGAACUCAAAGAGCUAUGGCUAAGAUAUUGAGCAUCAAACAUGUUCUAAUAGGUGUCUACGAAGUUUGUUCAAAUAAAAGCCCUGGGGUCAAAAUAGGCCCCGCCCCAGGGGGUCAUUGAUUCUCCCUAUAUGCAUAUAGUAAAAACUUAAAAAAUCUUCUUUUAAGGAACCAAAAGCGUUAGAGCUAAGAUAUUUAGCAUGAAACAUGUUCUAAUAAGUGUCUACCAAGUUUGUUCAAAUAAAAGCCCUGGGGUCAAAAUUGGCCUGGCCCCGGGGGGUCAUUGAUUUUCCCUAUAUGCAUAUAGUAAAAACUUAAAAAAUCUUCUUUUAAAGAACUCAAAGAGCUAUGGCUAAGAUAUUUAGCAUCAAACAUGUUCUAAUAGGUGUCUACCAAGUUUGUUCAAAUAAAAGCCCUGGGGUCAAAAUUGGCACCGCCCCGGGGGUCAUUGAUUUUCCUUAUAUGUGUAUAGCAAAAACUUAAAAAAUCUUCUUUGAAAAAACCCAAAUAGCUAGAGUUAAGAUAUUAAGCAUGAAACAUCUUUAAGUGAGUGUCUACAAAGUUUGUUCAAAUAAAGGACCUGGGGUCAAAAUUGGCCCAGCCCCGGGGGUCAUUGAUUUUCUUUAUAUGUGUAUAGCAAAAACUUAAAAUCUUCUUUGAAAAAACCCAAAUAGCUAGAGUUUAGAUAUUAAGCAUGAAACAUCUUCUAGUAAGUGUCUACAAAGUUUGUUCAAAUAAAAGCCCUGGGGUCAAAACUGGCCCGGCCCCAGGGGUGUCAUUAUUUUUAACUAUAUGUGUAUAGUAAAAACUUUAAAAAAAUCUUCUUUUAAAAAAGCCCAAUGAGCAAGAGCUUAGAUGUUUAGCAUGAAACAUCUUCUUAUGGGUGUCUACCAAGUUUGUUCAAAUAAAAGCCCUUGGGUUAAAUUGGCCCUGCAACGUUGGGGGGGGGGGGCUAUAUACAGGUGAGCGACCUCAGGGCCAUCAUGGCCCUCUUGUUUAAAGUCUUAGUAUAAGUAAAUUAUCAAUGAUGUGUUUGUAAAUUAUUAGUGAUUCUGAAAAUUAAAAAUAUUUUACAAUAUUGUAUUGAGUUAUAGUUAAAAAAAACUGAUGUGUCAGCUUUAUGAAUAAUACAAUAUGGAAUAUGCAUUCACUUAUUAGAAUUUUAUUUGUAGGAAAUAAAAUAAAAUGAAAAUAAACAUAACAUACUAUGAGGCAAAUUCUUUUAUACAUGUAUCUUUGAUCUUUUUGUGCUUAUGUAGAAAUUAGUACAUGUAGUAAAUAAAACUGAGAAUAGAAA